AUGUGUAAUAUUAGAAGGUUCGGUAUCCUCUUUAUAAUUUUUAACACACUGAUCUCUUCUUCAUUUGGAUAUAAAUUUAUAAAUUUACACAAUGCUGCCAAUUUAGACUUCGUUAGAAACAAUAAUUUACUAAAACCGGACACACAUAGCAGGUUUAGACUUAAUGCCGACUCUGAGUUUGACAGUAAACCCAAAGAGCUAUUCUCUGAUACAUUAUCAAACCCCGUAUACGAAAAGGGUGUAUCCACCAGUAUACACAAGAAGCCUUUCAAGCCUCAAAACAAGAAUUUGUUGAAGAAUUUGGGAAAAUUACACUACGAGGGUGUGCUAAAUCAGAUACAGAAUAUAGUUGACCUGAGGGUUGAAGAUGAAAAGGGAACAAAAUCGGAAAAAUUAAAGAAUAAAUUAGACAAAUUCAACAACGAAACUGACAAACAAGUCAUUUCCAAAGUCAAUGAAUUAAAAAAAUGUAUAAUAUACAAUCAAUUGAGAACGAUAAAUCGCAAGAACAACUUAAAAACUGAGCGAGUGCUAAGAACAAACGACUUCAUAGACGGUAUGUAUUACAGGAGGUUGGGGGAAUCGGAUUUUGCAGUCAGCCAACUGUGCGUUGGAACGUCAAUGUAUGACAAUCCGGAGUUGAUAGACCCUGAGCACUCAGUGGAGAUAAUGGAAACGGCACUGAAGAGAUACGGGAUAAACUACUUUGACACGUGUGAAUAUGACCCAUAUCCAUAUGAGCCAAGGAGUUAUCUGGAGGGCCAUCACAGAACUCUCAGAAAGUUCAUUAGAUUGGCCGGAAGGGAAAACGUGAUACUGUCCGGAAGGAUAUCAUCCAGUAACUUAGGAAAACACAAGACCUCGGGAAGAUUCUUGUCAUGGGUGAGAGGUAGUAUCAUGUCGCCGCCAAGCGUGAAAACCAUUGAAAAAGCAGUCGACAAACUGCUGACCAGUCUGGGCACGGAUUACCUGGAUGUACUGUCGUUCGUGUACCCGUACCGCUACGUGCCGCUAUCGCACCUGGGAGAGGACACACAAAUAGAUAUAUUCAACCAGCUCGUGUCCAAGGGGAAGGUGAGGAGUGUAGGCCUGUCGAACGAGACCACUUGGGGGAUUUACCAAAUGAAGUACCACAAAAGUCGCAAAUUUAAGCUGGUGUGCAACCAGAGGAUGUACAACCUCCUACAUCGCAACGAAGUGGAGUCAAGCGGCCUGGUGGAAGCAAGCCUGAAGGAGCACUUCAACUGUCCAAUAGUGGCUUACGCGACGCUGGCAGGAGGAAUAUUAACGGGGAAGUACAUCGACCCAGAGAGGUUUAACCCGUACGGAGCGGACAAGAUUAAGUCGAAGGUGAAUGUCGUUGACGAUCAGAUGCCCGAUGACUAUGAGGUGCCUGAGGACUACGGAUACUUGGACUACGGGCCGUCCAACUCACGCUGCAACCUCUUUCCAGAAACUUAUCACACUCACAGGACUGUUUGGUGCCAGCACGCCACAGCAGAAUAUUUGAAGCUGGCCAGGACGUAUGGACUGACGCUGUCGCAAAUGGCGCUCGCCUGGUGUUAUACAAGGCCCUUUAUCGCAAGCACAAUUAUAGCCCCUAGAAGCAUCGGACAGCUUCACGAGAGCAUAUCUGCCCUGAACUACCCGUUUUCGAAGACUCUCGAGGAUGACAUCCACGAGAUAUUCCUGAGGUACAGAGCCCCGACGAUGUGCGGGCCUCAAAUCCUCACGAAGAUAGAUGAAGAGUACCCACUAACAGUGUCGCAAAACGACAUUGUCAAAAAGGGCUCGGUGCCCAUUUGGAGCGGAGGGUCGCACUGGGACCUGGAAAAUGUCCCACCACUGGAUAAGAUAGCCCUGGAGAAGAGACGGAGAGACGAGUUUAUUGACAUUAAGAGGAUUUUUGGACUCCUGGAUAAGCCUAACGACAGAAAUUGGAUGAAUUACAGGUGCUGGGUUGAACGCAUCAAUGAAGGGCUGCCAGGGGAAUACUUCGCAGUAAAGGAAAGUAAACUGUUCUCCUGGGACACGAUGAAGCUGGACGGCCUAACACUGGUGAACAAGACUCCUGAGGAAGUUAAGAGGGACGACACGUCCGAUUUCCACUUCUACUGGAAGGGCGGCAAGGUUUAUGUUGGUCCUACCAGUGAAGCCAUUUAUAGCUUCUACAAGGACAGGGAGGCACAGUAUAAUGUCAUGCAGCAGCGUGAAAUAAGUUUUAUGCGCGGGAUGGAUAAAGAGGCUUUGGAUCCGGAUGCCAUGAUCUGGUCCCGUGUUGACGCCGACUUGGUCUACAAGACACUCAUGGAGACCCACGGCAUCGACGUGCUCAGUCAGGACCUUGAGGACCUGCUCUCUGAACACUCCCUGGACACCACGAAGCUCACCGAGGCCGAGAGGAAGUGCGAAAAGUUUGCAUACUUUAACAGACACGCGGACAAGGUUAAAUCACAUUAG